AUGACUGACAGAUUAAAGCAACAGAGAGUAAGAAGUCGGGAGGGGAGAGGAGAGGAGAGGAGAGGAGAGGAGAGGAGAGGAGAGGAGAGGAGAGGAGAGGAGAGGAGAGGAGAGGAGAGGAGAGGAGAGGAGAGGAGAGGAGAGGAGAGGAGAGGAGAGGAGAGGAACCAAAUUAAAGGUGUCCUUAUUUAGAACUGUGCCACUGUGCUUGUCCCCAACAUUUAAUGACCAUCAGAGGAACGAGAGAGGCAGGGGCGUGUUGGUGACCUUUCUGGGCUGAACAGUACACUGUCUUGGUUUGAUAUACAGUACCCUGGUCUGAAUGAGAGCAUUGUUUGUUGAAGGAGAAUCCUCUUGAAAAAGGAUGUGAAUGUAAUCAUAAGCCAAACUGAUAGGCUACCUGUUUGGCUCCAAGCUAUGGUCACAUUCACCUAGGUCUACAAUUACCAUAUGCAUGAAUUUAAAAAAAAUGUCCAUAAUGAUGGGUGUCCAUUAAUUGUUUUUCAUUGGUUACAUCAUGUUUUUUUGUUGAAUGUUUUUUGAAAACUGACCUCUCUCUCUCUCCGUCUCUUUUUUGCCUCUCCAGUCACAGAUGAAGACACUGUCAAGAGAUACUACGCCAAGUUUGAGGAGAAGUUUUUUCAGAAUUGUGAGAAGGAGCUUUUGAAGAUCAACACAUUUUAUUCAGGUAGGCUUAUUUGAUGGAGCAGUACUGCAAUGCUAUGCUAUGCUAUGCAAGUUUGUCUCUCUGACUAAGUGAGACCACCCCUUUCAUUUGCUGUGAGCGUCUACAGUUUUUCCACUCACAGUAACUUAUAAUGCCAUAAUAACUAAUGCCUGCAGUGCAAUGGGAGUAGCCAGUAAUUGCCUUGACAUCUUGCACAUACGGUUGUCAUGUUGAGUGAUAAGCUUUACUUGGGUGCCAACUACGUGAUGUUUUGUCUAAUGUGGGCACUUUGAUUUAAGCAUGGCUGACCAAAUUAGGAAAGGAGGCUUGGUUUAUUUCAGGAAGAGAGUAUGUAUACCUCAUGUAGUAAAAUGAGAUGUCAGAUAGACUACUUCGUGAACCACUGAGAUAUCAGGAAAUGUUGCUGCCCCUAGAGGCUGUUUGUAGAAAUGCAUUUAAUGGGUUGAUGCUGCCUGGCAACAUGGACAUUCGAUAUAUUCUGAAUCUCGUUACCACUGAGCACAUACUUUAUUGGUAAUGGUACGAGUUUGACAGGAAGCCAUCAAAGUAUACAAAAAGUGCAUUCAUUAGUGUCUACUUUAAUUUGCCUUUCCUUAAAGUCUGAAAGACUUUUAAACUCCCUAUUUUUCUUCUCCAAUAAACCUCCCCUCCCCCCCUCCCCUCCCCUCCCCCUCCCCUCCCCUCCCCUCCCCUCCCCUCCCAUCCCAUCCCCUCCCAUCCCCUUCAGAGUUGAGGCUUUGCCAGAAGCUGAAAUAAACUCCUGGUUGGACUGCCAAAGAGAACUGGCACUCUGAUCAACAUCCUGUUGCUCCUCGCGUUUAUCUCCCCUGAUAAACAAUGAUAUCCCAUCACUGUUGCUCACUAAGCACAUCCAGCAGACUGAGUCUGAGUCACAUCAUGGCUAGACAUCUGGCUUUAUUAGAAUAAAUCUGUCUCAAUUCAGAUUAUAGUGAAAUCUAUAGUGAUGGUUGUUUUCAGCAGUGUUAGUUCUUAUUGGCAGUCUUGUAGCCAAGCCACAGUCAGUCACUUCACUCUCAGACUCCAGACUGCAGCAUCAUAAUCUCUCAUUUUCUACACCUGGAUGUGUUGUAUAUCCGUCUAGCCGGAUGUUGGGAUGAAACAAGCAAUUACUGAAUCUUGUUGGACAGACAUCGUUAUCUCCCUCUUUUCAUGUCUUGUUCAAAGUGUGAGCUUUACAUAAGAGAGUCCUCGCCUCCGCAGAGCGCUGUAGCAAGCAGCUUCCCUCUUCUGAAAGGGUCAUCGACCCCAUUAAGUGAUCCUGGAGCAGUGCAUUUAACUAUAUGCCAGUGAGAAAAACCAAGGCACAACACAGUCUCUGUUAAAUGCUGUCACAAUAUCUAAAAUAUUUGUAUGUAUCCUCAGAUAUAGACUCCAGAGACAAUAUUUUACCUGUGGCUGAUCCUGGCAAAACUCAGACAUUAAGACUUAUUUUAGCCUCUUCAGCCUGCGUACCAGUCUGACAUCUUUGUCUGUACACACAAAUCUACCCAGGCUUCAUUUCUUCCAAUUUAGGUAAAGUAUGUGUGUCUUGACUUUCUCACGCCUCAUGUUAUGUCAUGACUUGAUCCAUGCAGAGCAGCAGAUAGGAGACCCUCUGGACAGGGUAGAUAGUGUCAGUGACAUAAUCUACUGUUAUCCUGUGAGGGAUUACUCUAAUUUUAGCCAUCAAAAGAACAGGCAUUCCUGUGAGUCAGGUAAUGUGAAAUUCAGAGGCUGAGUGUGCAACUGACCGUUAAAGUAACCAUUGAACCCACUGCACCUAACAUAACACCCCUGUCCUCACUGAUCGACCGUGGGGAACAUGAGACGGUGCUUGGUCAUUGUCACAAACACAUGCAGGCAGGGCCUCUCUGCCCUGCCGUUGACCAGGUGGCCUAGUUGUGAAUCAGGACUGAAAAGGUAUAUUCCAGAACCCUAUCUCCAGCCUUGGCCUAUGAAUAGGAUGUGGUGGGGUGCAGAGUGCAGACCCAGGCGGAGGGGACAGUGGAGGAUAUGUGCCAAAGCCGGGCUCGAGGAGUUCAGUCCAGGAAUGUGUUAGUGGGACUGGGGUGGGGGAGGCUGGGGGAGAAUGUGGGCCAUGUUCCAGAUCAACUCAGGUUCCCCCCUGCCCUGCUGCUGUCUCUCUCUCAGGAGGGAAAUUAACCCUGUCAUGACCCUGGUAAUGGGCCUGCCGAGGGCUGCAUUUACACGUCUGCAGAACAUAAUACUCCCCUUUCCACUUCCCUGUAAUGGAGAGGAGGGCAAGGAGAAGUGUGUUUACCUCUGGCUGGAUUUACUGCAGGCCUGUUAAUGAAACCUAAUGUUUCUGACAGUCUCAGUGCAGUAGACGUUACUCUCAAAACCACUAGAACUAUCCACAAGACAUCAGCAGAGUGAAAUCAGAUCUGUCUUUGUCAUAAUGCCAUGACACUGUUCCUCACUCGGUUGUUCUACAUACCUCCUUCCCUCCUGCAGAGAAACUUGCUGAAGCCCAGAGGCGUUUCGCCACCCUGCAGAAUGAGCUGCAGUCUUCUCUGGAUGCGCAGCGCGAGAGCAAUGCGCCAGGUCUGCGGAAACGCAAGACAGUGUUCCACCUUUCCCAGGAGGAGCGUUGCAAACACCGCAACAUCAAGGACCUGCAGCUGGCCUUCUCCGAGUUCUACCUCAGCCUCAUCCUACUGCAGAACUACCAGGUUGGUACCCUUAACCCUAAACCCUACACACUACCCAUAUGUACUACCUCAGCCUCAUCCUGAUGCAGGACUACCAGGUUGGUACCCUUAAUCCUAAACCCGAAAACACUACCCCUAGAUACUACCUCAGUCUCAUCCUGAUGCUGAACUAACAGGUGAAACAGUCAGCCUAUCCACACCCUCUCAUCUUUCUGUUUGAUGCUGCAUCAAAUGUCUCUCUGCAUCUCACAAUCCCUCAAUCCACCUCUCUCUAGUGGUGUGUCCAUUUCUUUCUCCGUGUCUCUCUUUAUCUUAGCAGUUUAGUUUAUCUCAACCGUUUAGUCGUUGUCUCAUGUUGCCUCUCUGCAUCUCUUGCUCAGACUUAAGCCCAGGAUUUGUCUUUCUCCCAGAAUCUGAACUUCACAGGUUUCCGUAAGAUCCUGAAGAAGCAUGAUAAGAUCCUGGAGACUCCCCGUGGGGCUGACUGGCGCGUGGCCCACGUGGAGGUGGCCCCCUUCUACACCUGUAAGAAGAUCACCCAGCUCAUUUCUGAGACUGAGGUAUGUAUGGAACAGAAGCCCCUGGCUGUGGUGGUCAAGCGUUGUUUAGGUUGAUGUUCAUUCUUGACAACAGUGUAUACUCCAUCAUCUCUUUUAACCACAAAACUGCUAAUUCUGGCAAAAUCGGAUCCUGGUCUUUGACUUUUACUCUUGUAUUGCAUUUGAACUUGUUCCUGGAUGAACAGUAAAGACGUGUGUGUUGUGUUUGACAGGCUCUGGUGACCACAGAGCUGGAGGGAGGGGACCGUCAGAAGGCCAUGAAGAGGCUGAGAGUGCCUCCACUGGGGGCAGCACAGGUGAGAGAGACUGCACCACAGGCUUACUAGAGUGUGUAUGUUAGUUAGUGGACAAUUAACCAAUUAGAUCAUUCCCGCCAUAAUUCCCUGCCAGCGCCAGAAUCUCAUCAACAUAAACCUAGUAUGGUAGAGUGACACACUUCCUGCUCUUCAUCUCCUUCCUGCUGUGUGUGUAUAUAUGUAUGUGACACACACACCCUAUUCAACCCCACAGUAUUGAUACUGUAAGAGGCUCUCCAAACUAGACUGGACAAAUAGCUUUUCCACAGGGGAUGAGAGAGAGAGAGGGCUGGAGAGAGUGCUUCACAUCCCCUGUCACAUAUCCUUUAGAUUUAUAGCUGUAUUAAUAUUAAUGUCAUGUCCACCCUGAAUUAUGCCAGAUCCAUAUUGCUUGUCCAGAUUCCUGUGGGCAUCUUUAUAUGAAAUGUAUUUUUAGCACAUCCAAAAGUACUUGACAAUAACACACUUUAAUGUAAGGACUCGUCCUAUAAGGUGCAUUGAACAAGGAACAGGUGAACUGGAUUCUGUGAAUGGUUUCAGCUUCCCUGGAUAAGUGUGUCUAUCUGUCAAGCUAAAUGAAUUAGUAACUGCCUAGCGUGGUUCUCCAGCUGUGUGCCUGACAACAUUACAGUAGAGCAGAGAAGACGGGCGGUCACACAGGCCUAGUAACUGGUAAUUUCUCAUCUCUGUCAUUCUCUGCUUUUCCUUCCUGCAGCCUGCUCUAGCCUGGACUACCUUCCGCGUUGGCCUGUACUGUGGGGUCUUCAUAGUCCUCGCUAUCUCCUUCAUCCUCACUGGUACGUUCACACACAACCAUGCUAAUUAGGUAUUUUUACUGGGGGAUUAACAGAUACACAGGAAAUGGGGCUUUGCCAUUAGUGGGGAGCUCAAGUUAGUUGUACAUACUGUAUUUUAUAACAGGACUCUAGCCUCAGAUAUUUUGAUGGAGAAUUAGAUGAUUUAAUUGCUAAUAUUUGCAGGUGCUGUACUCAUCCGGUAUGAAAACGUGUGGCCUCUGGUGCGUAUCUACCGCGGUGGCUUCCUGCUGAUCGAGUUCCUCUUCCUGUUGGGCAUUAACACGUACGGCUGGCGCCAGGCGGGGGUCAACCACGUGCUCAUCUUUGAGCUGAACCCUCGAAGCAACCUCUCCCACCAGCACCUGUUUGAGGUAAGGGAGAGGGGAGAACCAGGGGAUGCAAAAGGACAAUAACAAGAAUACAGCCAGACAGUAUACUGAAAGAACUAGUGGAAAUAAUAGAGAGAAAAAAUGAUCUUGUGUGACCACUAGAGAGAGAAUUAGCUGAAUAAGGGAAAUGAAAAAUUGUCAAUAAUCAAUACUAAUCUGAUGACUUGCACUAUGUUUUUUUCUGAUCAUAUUAUCAAGGACAAUUUAUAUACAGCUUUAUAAAUGUAGUUUAAUAAAAAUCUAUUGAGUGUUUGAUGGCUUUAUCUAUUUAAUUAUUCCCUAGAUUGCAGGGUUCCUGGGGGUGCUGUGGUGUAUGAGUAUCCUGUCCUGUCUGUACUCUGAGUACACCCUGCUGCCCAUGCAGGUCAACCCCCUCAUCCUCUACGGCUUCAUGCUCCUCUUCCUCAUCAACCCCUUCAAGACUGGCUACUACAAGUCCCGCUUCUGGCUGCUCAAACUGCUGGUGAGCUCCUUCUCCACUGGGACUACUGUAUUAUAAUGAUGAAAUGAUAUCAGUACAAUGAAACCCGACUCAACUGGUGUUUGUGUGUACAACACUGUAUUUGAUAUCUAUCUCUCAUACUCUACUGUGCUUUGUUGUAUUCGGCUUAUUUCUUCUUUGUCUGAUGUUUGCUGGCUAGGGGGAUGGGGAUGGUUGGAGGGUAGGAGGAUUCUGUGUGUGUGUGUGUGUGUGUGUGUGUGUGUGUGUGUGUGUGUGUGUGUGUGUGUGUGUGUGUGUGUGUGUGUGUGUGUGUGUGUGUGUGUGUGUGUGUGUGUGUGUGUGUGUGUGUGUGUGUGUGUGUGUGUGUGUGUGUGUGUGUGUGUGUGUGUGUGUGUGUGUGUGUGUGUGUGUGUGUGUGAGACAGAGGCCAGUGGGGUGAGGGAUAAUAGAAUGCAGGCGGGUCCCUGGGGAUGUGACGGCUGUGACUGUGCAAUCAUUACAGGGAUGGAUCCAUCAGUAUGCUGCUCCUCCAAUCCUCCCAAUCCCUUCCCUUAGUUACCCAGCCCCCCGAGCCAUUCCACAGCCCUCUCCAGCUCUGAUUGGGCUCCACUGGGGCCUGUGCACCAUCCUAGAGAGCCACACACCCACACUGAACACAGGCACUAACCAGAGGACAAACAUAUAAUCAGGGAACAAAUCGAAACAGAUUGCCUGGUGUGUUUGUUUACACAAUGAAUACAUUUUGAAGAAGGUUUAUCUUCUGGAUGUCUAGAAUUUCAGUGUAUGGAGAUGGUGUGGAGAUCAAUAGGGACAUAGAUUGCCAGGUAGAAAUCUUGAAUUAGCUCACAUAUAUAACAGGAUGAAUCAAUACUGUUUGACAUUUGCAACAAUCUGGGACUGGUUGAGACCGCCUAGUGAUGCAGUGUAGCCUACAGAGAGAUGGGCUUGUGAAAUGUCAGGCUAGCCCUGGAGGCAAGCGGGGGAGAGUAUCAUUCCCAUUCACCCACAGUCUCAUUCGCAGACCCGUGAUAACAUGAUCCAGUCCCAACAGAAACCAUACCCAAAACACUAGUUAACCCAAUCAUAUUAAGCUAAAUCAAAUCAAUCUGCUCCAGGGGCAUGGCUCUGCCGUUGAUCCUGUGCUGCUCCCAGACUGUCAUGUUUGUGCAUGUGUGGUGUGUCGGAUUGGAUAAUGUGUCAGCAAAAAUGGAAUUUGUCUGCAAAUGGGAAAAAAAAAUGUUCUACUACUUCACCAACCAUUCACAAAAUGUGAGCCCAUAUUUACCUACCUAAGCAGUACCUCUCAAUGAGGGGCAAACUAUUGCUGGUGUGGCAAUAGCCCUGUUGAAUGAGUGACAGGUUGACACAUUAGGCUUUCCAUAGGUAUCCACCAGUUCAUUUACUGUAGGGAGAUACUAGGACUGCUGGCUGCUGCAGGGCUCAUGACCUCAACACGUCCCAGCUCAUUUGGAGAGUAGCUUCCUGUUCUUCUCUGCCCUCUCGUCUUCCACUACUCUAAUUAAGCAAUAAGGCCCGAGGGGGUGUGGUACAGUGGGGAAAAAAAGUAUUUAGUCAGCCACCAAUUGUGCAAGUUCUCCCACUUAAAAAGAUGAGAGAGGCCUGUAAUUUUCAUCAUAGGUACACGUCAACUAUGACAGACAAAAUGGAGAGAAAAAAAUCCAGAAAAUCACAUUGUAGGAUUUUUUAUGAAUUUAUUUGCAAAUUAUGGUGGAAAAUAAUUAUUUGGUCAAUAACAAAAGUUUCUCAAUACUUUGUUAUAUACCCUUUGUUGGCAAUGACACAGGUCAAACGUUUUCUGUAAGUCUUCACAAGGUUUUCACACACUGUUGCUGGUAUUUUGGCCCAUUCCUCCAUGUUUUGGGGCUGUCGCUGGGCAACACGGACUUUCAACUCCCUCCAAAGAUUUUCUAUGGGGUUGAGAUCUGGAGACUGGCUAGGCCACUCCAGGACCUUGAAAUGCUUCUUACGAAGCCACUCCUUCGUUGCCCGGGCGGUGUGUUUGGGAUCAUUGUCAUGCUGAAAGACCCAGCCAUGUUUCAUCUUCAAUGCCCUUGCUGAUGGCAGGAGGUUUUCACUCAAAAUCUCACGAUACAUGGCCCCAUUCAUUCUUUCCUUUACACAGAUCAGUCGUCCUGGUCCCUUUGCAGAAAAACAGCCCCAAAGCAUGAUGUUUCCACCCCCAUGCUUCACAGUAGGUAUGGUGUUCUUUGGAUGCAACUCAGGAUUCUUUGUCCUCCAAACACGACGAGUUUAGUUUUUACCAAAAAGUUAUAUUUUGGUUUCAUCUGACCAUAUGACAUUCUCCCAAUCCUCCAAAUGCACUCUAGCAAACUUCAGACGGGCCUGGACAUGUACUGGCUUAAGCAGGGGGACACGUCUUGUACUGCAGGAUUUGAGUCCCUGGCGGCGUAGUGUGUUACUGAUGGUAGGCUUUGUUACUUUGGUCCCAGCUCUCUGCAGGUCAUUCACUAGGUCCCCCCGUGUGGUUCUGGGAUUUUUGCUCACCGUUCUUGUGAUCAUUUUGACCCCACGGGGUGAGAUCUUGCGUGGAGCCCCAGAUCGAGGGAGAUUAUCAGUGGUCUUGUAUGUCUUCCAUUUCCUAAUAAUUGCUCCCACAGUUGAUUUCUUCAAACCAAGCUGCUUACCUAUUGCAGAUUCAGUCUUCCCAGCCUGGUGCAGGUCUACAAUUUUGUUUCUGGUGUCCUUUGACAGCUCUUUGGUCUUGGCCAUAGUGGAGUUUGGAGUGUGACUGUUUGAGGUUGUGGACAGGUGUCUUUUAUACUGAUAACAAGUUCAAACAGGUGCCAUUAAUACAGGUAACGAGUGGAGGACAGAGGAGCCUCUUAAAGAAGAAGUUACAGGUCUGUGAGAGCCAGAAAUCUUGCUUGUUUGUAGGUGACCAAAUACUUAUUUUCCACCAUAAUUUGCAAAUAAAUUCAUUAAAAAUCCUACAAUGUGAUUUUCUGGAUUUUUCUUUCUCAAUUUGUCUGUCAUAGUUGACGUGUACCUAUGAUGAAAAUUACACGCCUCUCUCAUCUUUUUAAGUGGGAGAACUUGCACAAUUGGUGGCUGACUAAAUACUUUUUUCCCCCACUGUAUAUGGAAAUAUACCACAAACCCCCAAGGUGCCUUAUUGCUAUUAUAAACUGGUUACCAACGUAAUUAGAGCAGUAAAAAUAAAUGUUUUGUCAUACCCGUGGUGUACGGUUUGAUAUACCACGGCUGUCAGCCAAUUAGCAUUCAGGGCUCGAACCACCCAGUUUAUAAUACCCUGUACAUUACAGGCUCAUUAGCUGCAUGACAAUGAGCUUCCUCCAUGUUCAAGUCUUGUAUACAUAGUUGUAGCCCAGGUCUUUACAUGUGUGUCCCUUCUCUUUGGUCAUUUGUAAUGUCUUUAAUGGCUUAUUGUUAGACAAGCAUGAGAGUUCUAGUGGCAUUAGUAUGCAGAGGUGUACUGUAGAUAGAAGAGCUGUCAAUGUUAUCUUAACCUCAGACUAUUCCAACACACAUUUCACCCCUUCAGUGGUAGCAUAUGUAUUUAAUCAGAUCUCCUGUGUCUUGUAUGGGACUACUAACUCUGUCUGUCUGUCUGUCCUCUCCCUAGUUCCGUGUGUUCACGGCGCCGUUCCACCGCGUGGAGUUUGCAGACUUCUGGCUGGCCGACCAGCUCAACUCUCUGGUGAUUGUACUGAUGGACCUGGAGUAUCUCAUCUGCUUCUACAGCUUCGAGCUCAAAUGGACCGACCGCAAAGGCCUCCUGCCCAUGUUCAACGGUGAGUUAGACCAUAACUAGUACCUACCGUUGCUCUGUAAGUGCAGAACUGUCAUGUCAGGUAUGCAGUGAGGUAACAGCCGAAUGUAUAUAACCCAAACCUAUAUAUCAUGCUGGUUCAGCAACUCUGUUCAAACUCAUCUAUAACAGUAUUGUUUUGUUUAGGAGAUAUGCACUGUUGUCCAUAUUCAGUGGGAUCUGUCUGUCCAUCUGCCUGCCUGCCUGUCUGUCUGUCUGUCUGUCUGUCUGUCUGUCUGUCUGCCUGUGUCUGUUUGUUUGUCUGGAAAAUGAGAUAUUAAUGGUUCUCCUCAGUAAUUUGCAGCCCUCUGCUGUGGCCCGAAAAAUCAGCAGGGAGGUAAUUGAAUGGAAAUGUUUGUGUCCAGCAGUGUGACUCUCAUGCUGAUUAGCUGUCCACUCAGAGAGUCAAAUCAAAUCAAAAAGUAUUUGUCACAUGCUUCGUAAGCAACCGGUGUAGACUAAAAGUGAAAUGCUUACGGGCCCUUCCUAACAAUGCAGAGAGAAAGAAAAUAGAGAAAUAAUAGAAAAGUAAAACACGUAAUAAUAAACGUAAGUAAUGAUAACUUGGCUAUAUACACAGGGUACCAGUACAGAGUCAAUAUGCAGGGGUAUGAGGUAAUUGAGGUAGAUAUGUAUAUAUAACUAGGAAUAAAGUGCCAGAUAAUAAACAGUAGCAAAAGCGUAUAUGCCUGGAGUCUUUGACAAUUCUUAGGGCCUUCCUCUGACACCACCUGGUAUAGAGGUCCUGGAUGGCAGGGAGCUCGGCCCCAGUGAUGUAGAGAGUGCUGCUGCUGCUGUGUGUGUACAAUGGUGACCCUGGCUGUGACCCUACUCCCUGCGAGUGUCUCAGGGGGAGUUGGGAAUGCAAGAAACACAUUUCCAUUACACACUUUGUAACAGGACAAAUAUAAGCACCCCCCAAAUGAUUAGUAUUAUUAUUAUUAUGUGUGUGUGUGGGAGAAGGAGAGAGGGAGAGUGUAGAGCGAACAGCACAAUGUAGUGGAAUGGCAAUGAGUCAAAGCACUGGGACUACAGCUAGCUAGUCUUGAGCUGUCUCUCUCAGUGAGAAGUUGUCUCUGUGGAGCAACCUGUGUGAGUCCAACAAAUCCAUGAAUGUCCCUCCAUUCCAUUCCAACAGAACAGUUCAAAAAGUCAAGCUGUAAGAAUGGUUGAUACCAGAACCAUAUACAAAAUGGAAAUAUGGCUGUGGUUGAUAAAUGUUUUGGUUGUUGUUAAAAUGUAAUUUUCUCCCCCAUUCCCACCAGGUGAUUACAUAUGCCACAGUUACUCCUACGGUAUCCGUGCCAUCAUCCAGUGUCUGCCUGCUUGGUUCCGUUUUGUGCAAUGCCUCCGUCGGUACCGAGACACCAAGCGAGCCUUCCCUCACCUGGUCAACGCUGGCAAAUACUCCACCACCUUCUUUGUGGUCACCUUCGCUGCACUCUACAGCACCCACAAAGGUAAGGAGACACACCCAGCUCUCUGA